AUGUAUCGCUCCGAGAUUUCGAAGCCUCAUUUGGAGAAUCCGAAUCUGAUCGACAGAAUCAUCGUUAUUAUUCUGCCAAACUAUUUCUACGAGUACGAGACUGUUCUACAGCAUUUGAUCAAGGAAAACUUUGGAAUCAUCGAGGUGAGUGAAGAGAUUCCGGAGAGAAACGGAGGGAAUGAUGCAUCCGUCAGAAAGAGGUGAAACAUUUCAAAAAAGAGGAGGUGAUCGAGUGGAAGAGUGCCGAUCUGGAGUCCCAGGACGUCUGGGGACUUUCCGAGAGGCUCACCGACGGUCCGUGCAUGCUCCUGCUCUGUCAGAGAGCCAACGCAUUCUUGGAAAUGAGGGAAUUGGCGAGAUAUCACAAUGCCAUUGCACUGAGGUAAAUAUUCAGUCGUUGAGCUAUUUUCGAUAAGAUAUGUGCAUCAGAAUGAGCUCGAAUGACGGACUUUACUUCUCCAAAACUACCGUCGCUGCAUAUCACGACAUUCUUUUCUUCUUUACGAAAUGUGAGCAAUGAGAUCCCAAAUAAGUUCCAGAAACGUCUUCCAGAUAUUGACGAGAAGACCGUUCUCAAACAUGCAAAAGAUUAUCUUUCUGUGGAAGUGUGGCCGAAACUGAGCGAAGGAUUGGCUCGUGUGGCCGUAGAGCGCCCAGAUAAUCCGAUUGUCAGUUUCGUCCCUUUUCCAAACGUAUAUGCAUUCCAAGCUUUUUCAGAAAUGGCUAGCCGAUUAUCUUCUAAAAAUCCGUCAAUAA